CAUGGUGCUGGACAGCUUGGCCCGCAUUGUUAAAGUGCAGCUGCCCGCCUACCUCAAGCGCCUGCCCCUGCCCGAAAGCAUCAGCGGUUUCCUCCGGCUUACAGUUUCAGAAUGGCUGCGGUUACUACCUUUCCUGGGUGUCCUCGCUCUGCUCGGAUAUCUCGCUGUCCGUCCAUUCCUUCCGAAAAAGAAGACGCAGAGGGAUAGCUUGAUUAAUCUCAAAAUCCAGAAGGAGAAUCCCAAAGUAGUGAACGAAAUCAACAUUGAGGAUCUCUGUCACACGAAGGCAGUGUACUGCAGGUGUUGGCGCUCGAAAACGUUCCCUGUCUGUGAUGGCUCUCACAACAAGCACAAUGAGUCAACGGGCGAUAAUGUGGGUCCAUUGAUACUCAAGAAGAAAGAAGUCUAGCAACUCCUUCACUAAACCAUGACUGAAAGGAAGGUCUACUGUUACCCCUUAUGUGGUAGUGCUUUCAGUCUAAGAAUUGCUGUAGUCUUGACUUUUGAUAUCUUUUUAGGUUUCUUUAGAUUUAUAGUCUGGGCUAAAGAUGUUCCUAUAUUUUGUAUGGUCUGACAA